GCCCUGGUUCCAGCUGAAGAAAAACAGCCCCAAAGCAUGCUUCACUGUGGCAGCAGACGCUCAGAUUUCCUACCGUCAAUGAACGCAGCAGAGGAUUUUUACGCACUCCACUGAAGAAGACCACCAUCCAUCAUCAGGAACGCACGCAGAAGAUAGUAACCUGUGAUACUGAGGACUCUCUAAACGCAGAGGGGAGCGUUGUAAGCCUGAACUGAAACCAGAAGUGGUUCUUCCCUUAGAAAUUGUGAGAGGGAAACUCGUGUUUUGGAUUUAUCAUGACUGCAAGGAUCCAGGGAGCAGCAGGUCGGGACAAACCAGGACCAAAGAGCCAAGUAACAGAGAUGAUAGUACGAAUCAGGAGAGCUCUGUGGCUGGUUUUAGGCAUGCUCAGUCUGUCCCUGCUGCUGGUGGUGCUGGGAGUCUACACAACAACCCGAACAGAGAGCCUUAAUGUAACUGGCUACAUCUCAGGAGUUAUUCUGACCCUUGGAUCAUUCCUGGGAUUUCUGGGACUCUGCCUUGAAGAAAACCGUAAACAGCUGCUUUUAGCUGCAAUUGUAUUCCUCAGCUCCGGGAUCAUUGCCUCUUUUUUGUGUCUGGUGAUUGAUGGGGUCUGCAUUGCCUUAAACAUGGACAUGCGUCCUCUGACAGCGGGGAGAUGUCAGUACUACAGUAGUGGCAGCAGCUACAUCUACGAGAGUUUCUACACCUCAGUAUCCUGCUGGAACAUAAAGGAGUCAUGUAACAUGUCAGUAAGGAGUGGGACCUGCUACUGCUGUGACCUGUACGACUGUGCCAAUGGAGGCUACCUCAGCAACAACUACGAGUUUGUUGGAGUGCAAAGCUGUGGGGAAGUUUUCACUUUGUACAUUUUGAUUUGGACGCUGGCUGGCCUCAACCUCAUGGCCUUCUUCAUGGGAAUCUUCACCACAGCGGUGCUGGGCAGUGUCAAGGAUGUGAGGAGCAGCAUCCCUGUGACCGAGUCCUCUGAGAGCAAAACAUCUUCUCCUACAGCUCCUCUGCUGACCGACGCCAACACACACAUAGCCUGCCAGCUCCACCCAGAAUCCAUGAUGUAUUUCCCUCCAGCAGACGGACUAUCAACCCCGCAGAGCAAUCCUUCACCAUCACCUCUUCACACAGACUCCUCAUCUCCCUAUUAGCAGGGUGAUAAUCAGCCUGCUGCCUCACAGAGUCCAGGGCCUCUCUGCCUGAAGACCACCUUCAAUGUUUCACCAUGAAAACACCAAAACAUAUGGACAGGAAGACCGAAAGGGAGAAACAGAUUCUUUAUUAAUGUUAUUAUCCUUGAUGUUUUGUAAAAAAGGAAGACGUAUAAUGUCUGCUGAGUAUAAGUCACAUCAGUUGGGAUAUACAGUGGUUGAAAAAGUUUUCGGACGUCCUUAAAAUUUUACACAAUCUCAAAUAUUGUCAUGAAAUAUUUGUGGAAAAAUCUUUUUUGUGUUGCAAGCAUUAGACAGACAUAAACAAAUACAAAUGAUAUUUUUUUUGUUUAUUGUUUACAAGAAAAAACUAACAAAGCUAAAUUCUUGACAGCUUCAAUGUCAGUUCUCAACAUUGUCGGUAUCAAAGUCAACAAAAAACAGAAUGUGUUUAAAA